AUGUCAGAAGACUACAGGCGCAACAAUCCAAACCCGAGUCUGGUGGAACAGAUGGUUUUGAUUGACAUUAGGAAUAUGUUGCAAUCUAUGGGGAAGGACAUAAGGUCGUUCCCUCUCCCAGGAAUUGACGACGCAUAUGACGACGCUAGCGGUAUCCCUCGUGAGAUAUUUGAGGAGGCAAGCAUUGACCAGGAUCUGGAAGAUGUGGGACUAUCUGAUUCCCUAAACAAGGAGCAGAGGGCUGCCUACGAAGAGAUAAUGUCCAAAGUGGACACCGAACAAGGCGAUUUGUUCUUUGUAGGUGGACCUGGCGGCACAAGAAAGACAUUUUUGUACAGGGCACUUCUCGGAACCCUUCGCAAUCAGAAUAAGCUUGCCAUUGCUACAGCUACAUCUGGUGUCGCAGCGUCUAUAAUGCCUGGUGGGAGGACGGCCCACUCACGUUUCAAGAUACCCCUUACUCUUGAGGAUGGUGGUUGUUGUAGUUUUACCAAACAGAGUGGUACUGCAAAGCUACUGCAGCAAGCAUCUCUCAUCAUUUGGGACGAGGCGUCUAUGGCAAAGAGGCAAGCUAUGGAAGCCCUAGACAACAGCCUACGUGGUAUAAUGGGCCGGCAGGAUCUGCCGUUCGGUGGGAAGAUUGUUGUCUUUGGAGGGGAUUUCAGACAGGUUCUCCUUGUUGUACGGAAAGGAUCCAGGGCGCAGAUAGUCGAUGCUUCUCUACGGAGGUCGUAUCUUUGGGAAUCCAUGCACCACCUUAAGCUCGUGCGCAACAUGAGGGCGCAGAGUGACCUGUGGUUUGCGGAAUAUCUACUGCGCAUUGGUGGUGGCACGGAGGAGGUUAACGGAGAUGGUGAUGUAUGUCUUCCUGACGAUAUAUGUGUCCCGUACUCUGGGGAUUCUGAGAAAGAUCUUGACAUGUUGAUUGAAUGCAUCUUUCCAAACCUCAAUGCAAACAUGACAAACAAGGACUACAUCACCUCUAGAGCGAUUCUAUCUACACGUAAUGAUUGGGUGGACAAUAUUAAUAUCAAGAUGAUUGGCAUGUUCCAGGGUGGGGAGAUGGUGUACCAUAGUUUCGACUCCGCGAUUGAUGAUCCGCAUAACUACUAUCCGUCGGAGUUCCUUAACACAUUGACUCCCAACAGGCUUCCUCCACAUUUGCUAAAGCUCAAGAUCGGCUGCCCGGUCAUAUUGCUUAGGAAUAUCAACCCUGCGAAUGGGCUGUGCAAUGGUACAAGGUUGGUGGUUCGAGGCUUCCAAAAAAAUUCAAUCGAUGCUGAAAUUGUGCUGGGACAACAUGCCGGAAAGAGGGUUUUCCUUCCUCGAAUACCGUUGUGCCCCUCUGACGAUGAGAUAUUCCCAUUCCAAUUUAAGAGGAAGCAGUUCCCUAUUAGGCUCAGCUUCGCCAUGACGGUCAACAAGUCACAGGGCCAAACUAUACCAAAUGUGGGUUUGUACCUGCCCGCCCCUGUGUUCUCUCAUGGUCAAUUGUAUGUUGCUAUGUCUAGAGCCACAGCUAGAACGAAUAUCAAGAUCCUCGCCCUCCCACCUAACGCAGAGGCAGACGAGGAACAUACUAAAAGGAAGGAAAAGAAAAAAGCUUCUAAGAAAGUGAACGGCCAGGGUAAUCAAAAUAACAAUGAACAAAAAGGUACAUCAGUGAAGAAGAAAAGGGUACCAACUGAAGAUGGCACGUAUACAAAGAAUAUUGUAUACAAGGAGGUUCUAACACCAUAG